UCACACUUCCAAGUAGUCGACUCUCUACUCGGAGGCCCUCCACCACCACCGCCGCCGCUGCCCCCGCCGCCGCCGCUUCACCCAUCGCUCCAACCCGUUGAACUUCGCUGCUUUGGAAUAAAAACAUUGGGUUAAUAUCUCCCUUGGCAAAUCAAGGCGGAUUCUUGAUAUCAGGUGAAUUUUUUUUGGCAGGUGGAUUCAUCUUUUCUACAAGUUCUGUGGCAUGGCAACUUUCGCCAACCCAGAUAACACAUUGAUUCGUGAUGAAGAGAUCAAGAGUGACAAAGGAUCUUUGCCUGCGAAAAGAAAUCCUGAACUUGCCUCUCUGGACGAGGAAAACAUACACGAGGACACAGUUGAUCCAAACAAAAAGCUAAAGCUUGGCAAUGACCUCUCCGUUGAAAACAAUGACCGCUCCAUUGGAAAUGACCCUCUGAUUCCAGAUGUUGAAGAGAAUAAAGAUGUUAAUGGAACUAAAAACCACAGUGCCCAUGUGGAACAGGUACUGGAAAAUGAGGAUAAUGAAGUCGAAGAUCAAGAUGGAGAAGACUAUGAAGAUGAAGGGGAGGAAGAGGAAGAGGAAGAGGAAGAGGAGGAGGACAAGGAUGGUGAGGAAGAUAGCGAUGAUGACGACUCGGAUGCCAAUGCUGAGAUAGUUGACCGAAAGGGCAAGGGAAUUAUGAGGGAUGACAAGGGUAAAGGAAAAUUAGUUGAGGUGUCACGGGAUUCAAGUGAUUCUGGAAGUGAAUCUGAUGCUGACAGUGAUCUCUCAGACGAUCCACUUGCUGAGAUUGAUUUGGAUAACAUUCUACCAUCUAGGACGCGGCGGCGCGUGGUUCAGCCCGGAGUUCAUAUUUCCAAGGAUCAAGGCGCUAAGGAGGAUGAAGAUGACAGUGAUUAAUAGCACCUCCUUGUGGCAUUUUUGGGUCAGUGAAGAGCUUCUGCUAGUUUCUUCAAUUCAAGAAACAAGUGUAAUUCUAGUUUCUGCUAGUGUCUUGUUCGAAGAAAAGGAGAAUACAGCAGUGAAGUGAAUGCUGUGGUAGCAUUUUAGUUAAUGACAUAUUGAAUUGAUUAGGAAACAGCACCCGCCCGAAAGUUUUGGCCUGCUCAUGGUGGUUUAUACAAUGGCCUUUCAUUUUGUUGUUCUUGUAGCUCUCGCACCAUUAACACUCUUGUGAUUUCAAGUUCCUAGUUCUGUUUGGGCCUGGGGUGGGCAGCUAGUACCAGUUUCUUUCUUUAGUUAUAUAACAGACAAAUGAAAUUUGAGUACAAUCUUUAGGAAAAUUACUACCGGUGGAAAUAUUCAGGUUGUCUAGAUAUUUACCAUUGUACUGUGGUGUAUAUUUCGGUCUUUCGAGUCUCAACCAUAGAUUCAGACUUUCAAGAGGCAAAGUUUAUUAUUUCAAUGCAGCCGAAAUUCACUUUGCCA